GAAAAUUAUACAAGUGAUUUCGAAAAAAAGACUGCUGAAGAAGUAAUCAACUAUACUCCAUACGAAUAUGGCAGUAUUAUGCACUACGGCUCACAAUUCCGUGCCAAAAAUGGUGGCGAUAGUGGAACUAUGUCUGUCAUCAACGCCGAGUACAAAUGGACGAUCGGCUCAUUUGUUCUUUCCUUCUACGACAUUAUGAUGGUCAACAGUCACUACCACUGCAAGGGUAUAUUUAACUGUAAAGACAAAGCAUAA